AUGGUGGAAGCAUUGCAUUCAGAUGAGGUGCACGAGGUGAUUGCAAAAUCGCCGCCAUGGUACAAGAACGGGAACCUAGUCAAGCUCUACCUCCUCCUUACUGCGCCGCUCUUGACAUCUACCGCCUGGGGCUUCGAUCUUAGCUUGACGAGCGGUCUUCAGGCUGUUGAUCAAUUCAUGGACAACUUCGGCAAUCCCACUGGCUCUAAGCUCGGUUUCUUCGGCGCAUCAAUGUCCGUGGGAGGUCUGGUGGCAUGUAUCCUGGGCGGUACGCUUGCUGAUCGAUUUGGUCGCCGAGGUGUUUGCUUUGUCGGUGCUGCUCUCGUGCUUGGCAUGGCGUUGAUGCAGACCUUCUCUACCAAUUUCGACAUGUUCGUGGGCAGCAAGAUGAUCAUUGGCUUUGGUGGCAAUCUGCAGCAACUCGGUGGGCCUGUUCUUGUUUCCGAACUCGCGCAUCCGAAGCAACGUGUCUUGGUCACCUCGCUUUACAACACGUCCAUUUUCAUCGGCCUCAUUCUUGGAUCGUGGAUCACAUAUGGCACCUAUGCCAUACCCUCAAACUGGUCCUGGAAGAUCCCAUGCUUGCUUCAAGUCAUCCUCCCAGCAUAUCAGAUGACCUUGAUCUGGUUCUGCCCCGAAUCUCCGCGAUGGCUCGUCACACGUGGUCGAGUUGAGGAGGCCCGCUCGAUCCUCAUCCAUUACCAUGGUAAUGGUGAGGAAAAUCUUGUUGUCCAAGCCGAGAUGCAAGACAUUCUAGCAGGAGUGGAAGCAGAUGCAACGCAAAUGAAGUUCAACAAAGAAGGCAUCAGUAGUAUUCUUGGCUCCAAGGGCAAUCGUCACCGGCUAUGGAUCUGUUUCUGGACCGCUGUUGGCUCCCAGGCGGCUGGUGGUUCUCUCAUCGCCACGUAUUUGCCUAAGAUCCUGGAUCAGGUUGGCAUGAAAACCUCUAAAGAGCAGACGCUCAUCAAUGCUAUUAUCAGCAUUUGCAACUGGUUGACUGCUUUCCUGGCUGCCUUUGUCAUUCCUCGCAUUAAGCGUCGCACCAUGUUUUUAUUCUCGACGAUCAACUUCAACCUAGUAUUCGUGGUUUGGACGGCAUUGACGGAGCGCUACAUUGCAACAGAGCGGAAGUCCUUCGGUAUCGCUGUGGUUGUCAUGAUAUUCGCAUACAAUUUCUUCCAGACCAUGUGUUGGAUCUCGUUGGUCAUCGCCUAUCCGCUCGAAUGCGUCACUGCUAAGCAGAGAGGUGUCUUUUUCGCUUUCACAAUGUUCAUCAUCAACGCCACCGCUUUCGUUACCAGUUACACCACGCCAAUGCUUCUCGACAGCAUGAGUUGGAAAUACUACGUGGGACAAUGCGUCUGGAAUUGUGUUUACAUCGCUGUCAUCUAUUUUACCUACGUGGAAACUUCAGGCAUGACCCUGGAAGAGAUUGCCGUGGUAUUCGAUGGCCAUGAGGCUUUCGAAGACGCGCGAAUGCACGCACGUGAGGAGCUGAAGAUGAAGAUGGAGCGCGAUGAGAUGGCUGAGGUCGAGGAGAAGGCUGUCAAACAAGCCUAG